AGAGACGAGAGAGAGCUAGAGAGAGGAAAAGCAGGAGAAAGAACGAAGAGGAGAGAAAAGAAUAGAAGACUGAAAGAGAAAGCAAGCAAGCGAGUAAGCAAGUGAGAGAGAGAGAGAUCAGCAAAUAGGAGGCAGGCUCUUCUGGCAGUUGCAUUCUGACCACGGACAGCUGGCUCGUCUCCGCUAGAGAAGAGGGAGUUCUCAGUGCCCCGGCAGAGAGGCGCUUUGCUCCAGGAAAAAAGACAAGUCCUUCAGGGGAAGAUGGAUUCGGACUCUGGAGAGCUGAGUGAGGGGGAGCUUUCUCCAGGGCAGGAGACCUUCAACUCGAAGAGUCUAGCACUACAAGCCCAAAAGAAGAUCUUGAGCAAGAUGGCCACCAUGGCUGUGGCCAACCUCCUAACAGACGACACCAGCAGCGAGAUACUAGACGAGCUCUACAGGGCCAGCCGUGAGUACACCAAGAGCAAAAAGGAGGCGCACAAGAUCGUCAAAGAUGUCAUCAAAAUCGCCCUGAAAAUCGGCAUCCUCUACCGCAACCAGCAGUUCAGUGCAGAAGAGCUGGAGACAGUGGAGCGCUUCAAGAAGAAAAUGAACCAGACAGCCAUGACUGCAGUCAGCUUCUACGAGGUGGACUACACCUUCGACCGGAACAUUCUCUCAGAGUUACUCCUGGAGUGCCGAGAUCUACUGCACGAAGUGGUGGAGCAGCACUUGACGACUAGGUCACACGGGCGCAUCGACCAUGUCUUCAACCACUUUGCUGACCUGGAAUUCCUCGCUGAACUCUACGGGUCCUCAGACGAGUACAGACUCUAUCUGCGGAAGAUCUGUGAUGGCAUAAACAAACUCCUUGACGAGGGUGUGCUUUAACCACACUCAACAUCCUCCUCAUUCUCUGUUUGCUCUGUCUGUUUUUCAAUCAAAUUGUUUUUGUUUAUACAAGGAGUAAGAGCAAUGUCUCUGUUUCCACUUCUAUGUUUAUUUCUUGUGCAACUUCCACUUUCCUUAUGCUUGUUACCGAUGAAGCCUUAUUGUACGUUUCUAUGUAGAUCAGGGUCCAAUGUGUAGGCCUAUUUCACAGCUACGAGGAUGCAUUUACCAUUCCAGGACUUAAAACACAACCACUAAAUUAUAGCUCAUACCAAUGAUGAAGCAAUGCAUGCAGUUAUGAAGGUCUACUAUAGCAUGUUGCAAAUUCAAGAUAGCGUGUUUGCAUUGGUAGUUUUAAAAAGGGUUUGACAGACUCAUCACUGACGAAUAUUACACAGCCAAAAUAAACUCCUGUUGCCAGACUUUUCAAGAUGAAACCUGAAAACUCACACCUUCUAUAUAUCGUGCAGCACUGUACAUAAAUGAAUGUCGCUGUUGUAUCGGUAUAAUUUGAGGAUUUGUUGGGUGGGCUUCGUAAUCCUUUUUUUCCUGAAACUCCACUCCAGAUCAUGUUCAGACGCUGUAUGAUGGCUUUGAAACUUCAGCUUCCAUAGUUUUAUCCAGAGUUUGCCAAAACAAAAAAAAAUAAAAAUAAAUAAGUGCUGUCUAUGAAGACUAGCUUUCUAUUCACUAGUGUGUGUAUGUGUGUGACCAUUUUAGCAACUUCCUUAUUGCAGGAGUGUAACACCUUUCCUUCGAUUAAAGAUUUGUUUUAAAUCUG